AUGGGAACCUCAAGGAUUCUCUGCAUUGUUUUCUUUGUGAUUUUGGGUUUAGGAAUAUGUUCUGCUGCAAGAACACUCCUCACGCUCGGUGUAGAAGACCAACAAAUCAAUGAUCAUGGAAUCAUCCAUGGUGAUGAUGUUGCUGUGGAUCUACACUAUAGGUGCCAUAAACACCGUGGAUGUAGGAGACCUUAUUAUGGCGGCGGAAAUGGUGGAAACGGUGGAGGAGGUGGAAAUGGUGGGUAUAAUAAUGGCGAUGGUGGAAACGGCGGAAACGGAGGAAGUGGUGGGUUUAAUGGAGAUGGUGGAGACGGCGGAAUCGGUGGAAAUGGUGGGUUUAAUGGAGACGGUGGUAAUGGCGGAAGUGGCGGAAGCGGUGGAAAAUUCGGAGAUGGUGGAAAUGGUGGAAAAGGUGGAAGUGGUGGCUUUAAUGGGGAUGGUGGAGACGGCGGAAUCGGUGGAAACGGUGGGUUUAAUGGAGACGGUGGUAAUGGUGGAACUGGCGGAAGCGGUGGCAAAUUUGGAGAUGGUGGAGAUGGUGGAAAAGGUGGAAGUGGUUAUGGAAAUAAAUAUGUUAUGGGGAAAACCAAAAGAGAUAAUAUAGAAGAGAGUGAACAUGUAAGAUAUGGAGGUAGGGGAUCUCCUAGCUUUGGUGGCAAAGGAGGAGACGGUGGACACGGCGGACACGGAAUACAUGGAGGUGGUGGUGGUGGAGGUGGCGGUGGAGGAGGAGGUGGGAUAGGUGGUCAAAAUGGUGGAAGAGGUGGAGAUGGGGGAAGUGGUGGAGAAACUCCGAUCCGAUCCAAUAUAAUGAUGACAAUCCCAAAGUUUCUAAUUCCCGUUGUUUUCAUACUAGUUUUGGGUGGCUUAGGAAUAUGUUGUGCCGCCAGAACACUGAAUAAUCAUGGCGAUGAUGGUGUUGCUGCUCCACAUCUCUUGAAAAAUGGCCGAGUUCAUGCUGAUAGAGGAAGAUGCCGGGAUAUUGAUAGAGGAGUUAGUGUUGGGUACUGUGAUAAAAUAGGAAAAGGUUCUGGCGGCGGACAAGGUUAUGCUGGUGGUGGUGGAAAAGGUGCUUCAACUGAUGAUCCCGGUGGAUAUGGUGGAACAGGUGGAGAUGGUGGUGGUGCUGGUGAUGGUGCCGGAGAUGGAGGAUAUCGUGGCAUAGGUGGAAAAGGAGGAGCUGGCGGAGACGGUGGUAAUGGUGGAAAUGGAGGAGACGGUGAAAACGGUGGAAAUGGAAUAAAUGGAGGUGGUGGUGGGGGAGGUGGCGGCGGCGGAGGAGGUGGGAUAGGUGGUGAAAGAGGUGAAGAUGGGGGAAGUGGUGGUGGUGGCUAUGGUUAUCAUCACCCUUAGACAUUAUAAUAAAUAAAUAAUUAUAAAUGAUAUUUGUACUACUCUUAAUCUAAAAUAAGUUUGACUAUAUAUAAAUCUUGUUUUAAUAUGUAAUUUAUGUACAUUGAUACAUGUAUAGUGAUAUAAUGUUUGAUUA